AUGGCAGGUAUGUAGGUUUAUUUAUUUAUUUUGAUAGUUCAUUUUCAGCUGACAACAUGUCUUUAAGCGCAUUCCGACAAUUGGCAACAAAAAUCGUAUGUGUUGGUAGAAAUUAUAAAGAACACGCAUUGGAAUUGGGAAAUGCGAUUCCGAAAAAACCAAUGUUGUUUUUGAAGUCUCCAAAUGCAUUUUUGGCUGAAGGAGAACCAAUUGUUGCACCUCCUGGAUGUCAAAAUCUUCAUCAAGAAGUUGAAUUGGCUGUUGUUAUUUCGAAAACUGCUAAGGUACAUAUCUAACUUAAAAUUUGAAGUUCUCAGAAGUUUUUAUUUUUAAGAAUGUCUCAAAAAGUGAUGCAAUGUCAUACGUUGGAGGAUAUACUGUAGCCCUUGAUAUGACAGCUCGAGACUUUCAAGAUGAAGCGAAAAAAUCAGGAGCUCCGUGGUUCCUCGCAAAAUCAUUCGAUGGAUCUUGCCCGAUUGCAAAUUUUAUUCCAAAAUCAGAAAUCAGCGAUCCACACAAUGAAGAACUUUAUUGUAUUAUUAAUGGAAAAGAUCAGCAAAGAUCUCGAACAGAUCUGAUGAUUUUUGAUAUUCCAACUCUUAUCGAAUAUACCACACAAUUUGUCACUCUUCAGCCGGGAGAUUUGAUUUUGACGGGAACACCGGCGGGAGUUACAAAGGUUUGUCAUAGUUUUUGGGUUUUGGAAAAAAAGUUAUUAUUUUUUAGAUAGUUCCUGGCGAUGUUAUCGAGAUUGGUUUGACUGGAAAAAUCAAUGCCAAAUUUAGAGUUCAAUAA